AUGAAUACUUCAACAUUUACACCCGUUGAUAUUGGCGCAGGUCAACGAACUGAUCAUACAAUUUGUAUCGUUUGUCAAGUCAUCAAUGGAUGUCUAAUUGUUGCCACAUUUUGGAUUUUACUUUGCCUGGUCAUUUACGGGCUCAAGACCAAGAAAUGGGUGAAGAAAAGCAAAAUAUCCGACAUGAACGGUGGCAUGGUUUAUACCGCAUCUGUAAUCGCCGUAGCAGCGACCAUUCCAAGAUAUAUUGCUUGUCAGAUUAUAUUUAGUGCGGUCUAUAUCAAUGGUGCGUUGCGAUGGUGUGAAGUCAUGAUGGACAUAGGAAACGUCACAUAUUUCAUUGCGCUGUAUCCGAUAUAUUUAUUUCUGUGGUUUCGACAGAAAGCGCUUUAUGGUCACCCAGCAAUGAAAAGAUUGGCAGGUAAAUGUGUAAUUGCUUUUGGCUGGGUGACGUUUGUUGGCAUGUCUCUGGCUGCGAUUGGAGUUGGAUUGAUCUUUGUCGUUCCUUCGAGCUAUACUGCCGGCCCAAAUGGAUGUGUGAUUAAUUUAUUGCAAUCUAACGCAUCUUACAACAGUGAUGUUUCAUAUAGAUUGAGCGACUAUGUUCUAGUGGUCUUGCUAAUCGUUGCCCAACUGUCUUUGCUCAGUCUUUUUAUUUACCCCAUGGUUCGUAGCAACGCAAUACAAAGCAGCAGACGGUCGUCGCAAUGUUCAACAAAGCCGUACGUAAUUGAUAAUCAAGACGACAGCGAUGUUUUGCCUGGAAGAAAGAUCAGUAGAUUUCUUACUUACAUUUCAGCAAUUCGAUUUGCAAGCAGAAAAUUUCUAUCUUCACACAAGAAGCCGGAUACAGUUCAAAAGACUAUACGAAGAUCAGUGGUAUGCGCUUUGAUAUCUAUAGUUUCUGACAUACUCGCCAUGGCUGUCGUAUCAUUCGUGAUACCUCACACAAUCCCCCGUUCACUGACGAACACCGUAUAUGAUAUAAGUAUACUUGUUAAUGUCCUCUGUACUUUGGCAACCUUCAGUAACUAUCGUGAUAUUUUAACUGUGCUUUGUCAACAAUUGUCUUCCAGUGGAUCGGAAAGUGGUGGAAGCGAUAACAGAGUUCAGAGGCUGAAUUCACCGCAAUGACUAUUCAAGAUGGCUGUCUAUGAUAAGCUAACUAGAACUCUGUGUAUCCCAAGUAAUUUUCAUUUGAUUUAGAGUGAAUAAAAAAUUUGAACUCCGGGAUGAACAAAUUUGUGAAGCAAAUACCUUUUUUACGGCCUACUUUUUGGAGUAUGAAACUUCGACUCUCGAAUGAAAGAGCUCAUAAUUUUAACACGUCUAUGCACAUAGCAUAGUUUUAGAAUACGACCCCGUUUUCCACUCCAGGUCUAGCAAAACAGUAUUUUGCACAGAUCUAAUAUGCUAUUACACAUACUUUACCACAUCGAAUACUUUCACAUUUCUCAAAUUUUUAUCUUAUUGCUAUAUUGCUGCUGUAAUACAGCAACAAGGUGUCGAUGACUCACUGAAUCUUCCGAGACCCCGGGCCAGUUGCUGUGAAUUAAUAUUUUCAAUUUACUAUGUUUUUCUUUUGAUUCUUGCAUGACGAAAUAAUAAUCUGGAUUGCUAGUUAAUAUAACUCCAAUCAAUUAUUUCAAAUAUAUAACUUUUUAAUCGCUGUUUUAGCCGAAUGCGUUCUUGAAAGUAUAUUGGCCUACUUAUGAUUUGUUAUGGAUAUUACUUUUUACAUAUUCGAACCAUGAAUAAAUAAAACGAGAUGCCCGUAUAGCAAAAACAGUGCUUUUUCUGUUCGCCUUUUUUUCAAUAUACGUAUAUAUAUAUUUAGCUUUGCUUUAUAUUUGUUUACUUUAUCAUGUACAUUUUUGUAAAAUAUUUGCGUGCCGUUUGUCAGUUUUUAAU